UUUAUUUAUUUAAAAGUCUUAUAUCAGAAUAAUAAUUAAAACCAUAACAAGUACGACAAGUUAUGAAUAUAAAAAUGUACAUCAAGUACAUUAUUUUCUUCUGUUUAACAUAUUAUAUUCCAAUGGUAAAUUCUCUUACUCCCCAGGAAAUAGAGAAUCUGUGGGACAAGAUAAGACCCGCUCAAAGGGACUAUAUUGUCUUAAAUGACUUGUUUAAAUAUUAUAAUCCCGAUAUGAUGGACCUCGAUAAUGUAAUAAGAGAAUACGGAUUGCCAGCUGAAAAUGAUGAUGGUGAUUUAGAAUACAGAAUGCAUUUUGAAUAUUUUAAGGAAGCUGCGACUAAAGGACUCAUUCCAAAAUGGUCUAGACGGUUGAUGUACGCUGAAUUUAAGCACAUGAUUCCAAAUGGAGAAGACAGAAUCUAUAUUACUCUCGACGACAUGAUUAAUUACUAUGUACCAAGAUAUUUGCGUACUGUAACUCAACUCGAAGAAGUUAUGAAAACUUACGGAGUGCAAGCUGAUGAUAACCAAUACCAUUUAAAAUUCAAAAAAUUUAGAAUAGCGAUGUGCAUUGGUGAUCUUCCAAACCCUAGUUAUGAAAAUGGGUAUGCGUAACGUUGUCGACAAGGUGCUAUUUUAAUAAAAAAACGCUAAAUUGCUAAUCAAAAUUAAUAAUCGUUUUAAGAAUAAUUAAUUAAUUAGUCAUCAUAAUAGUGUAAAAUAAUAUAAUAAUUAUAAUGUGCUGUUUAAUUCUUAAUUAGACACUAUCAUAUUUAAUUC